AUGGAUGAAAUUGUGCAAAAUUCAGUAGAAUAUCUACUUACUAGUCUUAAAGGUGUUCAUGAUAUACCUGCAACAUUUUUAAAAAAACCUAUUGGGGAAGAUACUUAUCCUACAGAGUUACUUAACUUACAAUGGGAUGGGUUGAUGAAUGUUAGUUCUUCUUCUAGAGAUAUCUUGAUAAAUACUAUUUUCAAUAGAGCUUUAACAGAUAUUCUUACACCAAUAAAUAAUGAUGAAGAUGAAAACGAAAAUGAGGACGAAAAUGAAGAAGACAAAGCUAAAGCUGAAAAGGAAGAAGAAGAAGAAAAAAUAGUAGGAGAAGACGAUGCCAGCGAUAAAGAUUCAAGCGAAGGUGAAGUCUCAACCUCAACAAGUGAUUCAAAAGGAAUUAAAGAAAAUGAUGACAGUUCUACCAGCUCUAAUAUUGCUAAUCCACAAUCUAAACUUGAUGAAGUUAAAAAUCCAAUAAGUUUACAGAAGUUUAAAUUAUCUGCCUUACUGUUAGAUCUUUGCUUUCUCUCAAGAUCAAAGAGACAGAACCCUUCUCUGUGGUAUAGAUCAUUUUUCCAAUUAUUCUCUACAGUUGUGGAUUUAUUAAUUUGGCCUAAUGAAUUAUUACAGUUUUGGGAAUAUCCUCAAUCAAGAAUUGAAUGGUUUAAAUUAUUGGGUGAUCCUUCUUCACAAUUACCUUUAGGAACUUCCAAUUUAAGUAGUUAUAAAUCACCUCUGUUUAAUAAAUUACGCCAUUGGAAUGAAUUAUUAGAAAAGAUACUACUGAAUACUGAAUUUAAUACACCAAAUGAUUAUAUUUUAUUAUUCAAAUUUAAACAUUUCUUAUCAGAAAUACUACCCCUCAAUGAAGAAUCUAACAUCAACAAAUUUUCAUUAAUUUCAAAAUCACAAGAUUCUGGAAAUGUGUGGAAUGAGCAUUCAAUUGAUAAAUCUAAACGAACGUUAUCCGCAAGAGAUAAAUUCUUGGAUGAUUAUUUAUUUAUUUUAGAUUCUUGCUUAACCAAUCCAUUGGGAGUUGUUGAAGAUUUCCUCGAUGGUAGACAUUCUGAUUUUGAAAAUACACUUUCAUCAUUGAUUAACAAGACUUUAAGCUACGAAGAUGAAUUCUAUUCAGGAAUAAAAAAACAUAAUACUAAAAUCUUAAAUGCAAAUACUACACUUAAUGAAAAUUAUCCAAUAGAAAAUGAGCAAAAUACUAAUAGUGAUAAUAAUGCCAAUAUAACAAAAAUACCAAAUUAUAUGAAACAAAAUGCCACAAUGACUCAAAAUAGAAAUGACUUUUGGAAGAACCUUGAUGACUCAUUAUCAUUUUAUGCAAAUACCUUCCAACCAACUUGGCUAGAUCUUUCAAUUAACAAUGUAGAAAAUUUUUACCUUCAAUUCACUGAUUAUAAUAAUGAUUUUUUCAGAAAACAAUUUAUACUUCAAGUGACCUUUGCAUUAACUUUUAUUAAAGAAUUCUUAAAUUCUAAUGAUAUACAAACAUUUUAUAAGAAUAUUUUCAAGAAAGAAGACUUGACAGAGAGGGAAAGUAUACUCUCUGAAUUGAAUGAAAAAAAUAAAGAUCAGAUUAUAUCAUUCUGUAACAAGAUAAUAGAAUUACGUGUACCACAAUUUUAUUGUUCAAGAGAUAGAAAAUUUUAUGACAUUUUAAAUAGUCUUCUUUAUUCAGAUAAUGAAUUAUUAAUUCAAAAAAUGGAUGGUUUUAAAAAAUUUCAAAAAUUUAAAAUUUCAGAGAUAGAAAAUGUUCCACCCACAUUUAAUAAUAAUUUUGCCAAAUUUGGAUUCAUACUUCUUGGUAAUAAGAAUAUCAAUAAUGUAUGGAAACUAAAUUUUAAUAUUCAUGAUAUAAAGAUGGACGAACAAAAUAAUCCAUCAAUAGUAUUUAAUAAUCUUCAAACUGUAUGGGAACAAAAUAAGAAAUCUACUGAACCACAAAAUAGCUCAUAUGAUGAUAAUAAUAUUGUCAAACAAUGGCAAUCAUUAAGAUCAUUACGUUCUGAGUAUCUGUUCAACUUCAAAGGUUUAGAUGAAGAGACAGGAAUUAACGGACUUUUUGAUUCUGAAUUGGUACAAGCUUCUCAAAACAAGAAAGAUGAUCUAAUCGAGAAGUUGAAAAAUAAAGCCAAUGAAUCACAUGUUGAAAGCUUGAAAACUGCUAGACUAUAUAUGGAAGAUCAAAAUAAGAAACGUAAGAUACUUGAAGAUCAGAAUUCAAAAGAUGUGGAAAAUUUACCUAAAAAGCCAAAAUUAGACGAUUCGGUCACUAACGAUACGAUUACAAGUACAGAGAAUGAAGCUGUUACUGAUGCAUCUUCUAUUGGAAAUUCUGUAUCUACAAUUGAAAACCUAGAGAAUGCUCAAGUGGCAGAUAAGUCCAAUAUCACUGAAGAUUCUAUAAUGGAUAAUAAUAAUACGGUAGAAAGCACGCAGAAUUAG